CCAAUGUUACGCGCAUAAUAUUCAAUUCACGUGCCGAGUGCUAAAACUGUGAUUUUUAAUCUGUGCUCAACUUCAAUUAAACUGUAAAACGGAAUUUAAUAAUGAAAAAUUGUAGUUAAUUCCUGGAAUAAAAAAAAACAAUAAAGUGGACAAAAUGUUCGAGCAAAAGACGAUAUUUCACAAGUUCUGGCACUUCCUCCGCACAUACAUCCUGACAAUACCUCGAUUCGACCUGUUCCUACAGGGGACUCUGCUUAUUGUGAUCCUCCUGGAGGCCAACGUGUACCUGCUGUUGAAAAGAGAUGCAGAUACAGGUUAUCUUCCUCUAUUGAUUCGCGAUUGGGUAUUUAUCGGAUCUACUGGAACUGAGUUCCUCUUCGGCGCGCUUCUAUCAUGGUACGGUCGGAAGAAGAGAAAUUACGCUUUAGCCUGCUGGAUUGCUAUCACUGCAGCAUCGGGCUUACUUGUACUGGCAUUCCCAUUUGCAGAGGAAAAUAUUGUGAACGUUGAACUUUGCGGUGGUGAUAUAAUGCCUAGGGAUCUUGGAAGAACCGCAUCAGACCCGAUGAUUGUGCCCCGGACAAUCAUGCUCAUAUUCACGGCUGUGCUGUGUUCCCUGACCAAACUGGCGAUCUGGUCCCUCGGCCUGACAUACUUGGAUGAUCAUGAGCCACAAAAUGGACCAUAUUUCUACGGUAUACUGAUAUCUAUCCGGCUAUCCCUCGGGCUGAGCGGGGAGAACUGGCUCGUGGCCAGUUCAGUAAGGAACGACUGGUGGGUCACACACAUCUCACUCUCCAUGCUGACCCUCAUGUUUGCCAUACUAUUCCUGCUGUUCCCAAAGAGGAUGCCAGGGUACGAAGCACCUAAAAACGAUAUGGAUGAUGGAUUUUUUGUAUCCUUACGCGAAAUAUUUCACAACAAAGCAAUCGUUAUGCAUAUCAUAUCGUUUGCUUUGCUCAACCUCGCUCUGUUCGAAUUUGUUCGCUACGACGCAUCCUACAUACAAGCUAGAUUUCACGUGGAGACCCUCCGACAGGACCCCCGUACGUCCCGGCUUAUCGGCAGCCUCUUCAGACCUCUGGUUGUCAUAUUUUUCAUUAUGAUAUUUCGCGUCCGUUUCUCGGUCCGGAGGCAGGACGGCGUGAAAGCCAACACGGCGGCUCGUGUCGGUGGAAUUGUGGCGUUUUUCGCAGCCAUCUUCUUUGUGGUACUGUCGUUGCUUAGUUGCGGAGUGGAGGACCUAGCUGGUAUUGAGAACAAUGAGUAUACGCAGCCGAGUUGCAGUCAACAAUGCAAUUGCAAUUCCGAGGUGUACGGAUAUACGCCGUUGUGUGUGGACGGAACAAACACGUUCUUCUCGCCGUGCCACGCUGGCUGCAGUGCCGCGGGCGAGAUCGGUGGACUGAUUACGUACCACAACUGCUCGUGUAGUAACAGUGCCUCAGACAACGCUGUGAUGGGCUCUUGCUCGCUCAUCUCCUGCCAGGCCAUGUUCUCCGUGUACCAGGUCAUCUUCACUGUUACAUUGGCCGUCACCGGUGCAUCAGCGCUAAUGCAAGGCAUGGUGCCGUUGCGGACGACGAAACGCUCGGCGCGCCCUCUAGCGGUGGGUGCUUCGCUGGCGGCCGUUGCGCUGCCCGCGCAUCUGUUUGGACGCCUGCUCUACAUGCUCAUCGGCCAUGUAACUUGCGCGUACAGCAACGAGGGUGCCUGUUUGUUCCACAACACCAGCAUGCAAUGGAUGCCGGCCACCAGCGCUAUGCUGGCCCUCCUCUCGGGCGCAGUUAGUUUAAUUGCUAGCAAAUGUUCCAAAAACAUUACCAACGAGUAGUGGGUACUCCAUUAUAGCGGAGAAAGAAUAAUUUAAAAUACAAAACUCGAGUCAAGUGGCGUUAAUAUUUUCAACUGACUUUAAAAAGGAGGUUCUCAAUUCGGUUUUUUUAUGUUUAUUACCUCAUAACUCCGUUAGUUGUAAACCGAUUUGGAAAAUUCUUUUUUUUUUUAAAUGAAAGAAUAUACUUACAUAUUGGUCCCACAGAAAUUUUAUUAAAAUCAGUUCAAUAAUUUCUGAUUGUACUCAGAGGAAUUGUUCAGUAUGAUGCCUGCGGCCACAUUCUACCAUCGUACGGCUCGCCAUCGACAGGGAGUUCACCCUCAUACCCUACAGCCCAAAUGGUCGCUUACAACGCGGUUUCAGAGAUGUUUCCUCCCACGAAUACUAAGGUUAUGGAAUGAGCUCCCUGCCGAGGUUUUCCCAAGAGACUACAGCAUGGGGUUCUUCAAAAGGGGGGUAAGAACUUUUACAAAAGUACUUUGCUAGUUUAGGUUAGGUUAUUUUAGUUAAAAGUGUUAUCGACUAAAGCAUACGGUCAAAAGUACUUUUGACUGAUUUCGCUAGUCAAUACUACUUUUGACUGGUUAAGAGUUUUGACUGCAACAUACAUAAUUUAAGUGUUUUGUAAAUAAAUAUUAAUUUAUUAAUCAAUUUUUUAUUCUAUCGAUAAAAUCAUCAGUUCCAUCGGUAAAGAUCACGUCCAUAGAGAUUCCCAUUUCAAAUUUUACUGUCAUAUCGUGUGGUGCCGGCAUUGAAUAGGCCACCCCUCAGCUUUAAGAGGGCAGCAGCGUCCCUCUUAAAAUGCCACCGAAGCCUAAGCUGGUUGCUAACCCGCCUACCAAGUGUGGCAACUACUGGCAAUCCCCCCCUCCCCAGAAUGAAUACGGCCUAUGUUUUUUUUUAAUGGAUGAUAAUGAAAUGGUGAACCCGCCUGCGCUAUCGCUAUCACCUGUGAGAGAUGAUAGGUGAGGAUGAAAGCAGGUCAGUUAGCUCAUCGUAUUGAAUGCAAGAAGUAUUAAUCACAAUGGUUUCCAGGGAGAAUCGCGUGGAGGUCGACCUGACAGGGCUUGCUAGUAAUGAGACCAUUAGACCACAUUACUAACAAUCCCUUCUCCCCAUACGGCCUAUGUUCAGCAGUGGACAAUUAACGGAUGAUAUAAUAAUAAAUAAUUAGCCGUGUGGUCCCGGCAUAGAAUAUGCCAUCCCUUCCUUUCCCGUGGGUGUCAUAAGAGGCAACUAAGGGAGGGCGAGGGACGGGAAGCAGCGUCCCUCUUAAACAUCUCUUAAGCCUGACUGCUGUUGCCAAUCCGCCUGCCAAGCGUGGCACUACAAAACCCCCCAAGGGGGAGUUCAGCAGUGGACAGUUAAAGGCUGACAUGAUGAUUAUGAUAAUAAUGUCAAUUUUUAUCAUUGUAAUAUCAUCAUGCAGCAUAAAGACGUAAGAACACCUCCAAUUGAAUUCGAUUGAACACUUCCGAUUGUUGUCGACCUGAUAGGGUAUACAAUCCUACAAAUAUGGGGGGAAAGGGAUUGUUAGUAAUGGAGACUUUGUACAAAAGUCGAUUGCUUGAGUACCUCUGUCCCAUUCGUGUUUCUACCGUGAAGCAGCUGUGUUUGCAUGACUGUGUUUCGGUUUGAAGGGUGGGAUAUGACAGUGAAUUUACUGGGUACAGAGGAAUAACACCCGAGUCCUCAGGAAUGGCAACGCAUGGGGGGUAUCAUGGGCGAAACAGUGUACUCUGUUAUGUCCAUGGUACUGCUCAUGUGUAUACGGUUACCACUUUCCAUCAGGUGGGCCGUCAGCUUGUUUGCCAUUCUAAGUUGUAUAAAAAAAAAUAUACCCAAUCAGGUCGACCUCCUCGCGGUUCCCCCUGGAAACUAUCAUGGUUAAUUCCAGAUGAAUUCAUCAUGAUGGGCUAACUGGCCUGUUUUCAUUCUCAUCUAUCACCCUUCACUGGUGCUCCGCCAGCGUAUCCUGUUAGCGCAGGCGGGGUUACCAUACCAUUUUCAUCCAAUAAAAAAAUCCUACAAAUAUUAUCUCUUAGGGGGGGGUGGGCUCCCUCUAUAACACAGGAUCUCUCAGCUUGAAGAUUAAGCUAUUAGUGUGAUUGAGUGGCACUUAAUAGAUUUCUUAAAGAUUUUAUAAAAACUACAUUUUUUUUUAAUUAUUUUAUUACAUAUUCAUGCAAAUGGCACGACAUAUAAAUACCUACCCAUCCUACAUACACAUACAACUUAUAUAUCUACAAUAUUAUUAUACACUGUACAUUUUAGAAUUAUUUAUUUAUAUAAUCAAUAAGAGACAUCAUACUGCAAAACUGGCAAGUCUGUAACACCUGUCUAACUUUAAAUUUAUUUAGACACAUUUUAAAUAUUAUCAAAUGAGAAUUAAAAAAAUGCUCUCGACUAAAAAGUUAAUCAUUCGACACAUUUUUAUUCAGUUUAAAAUAAAUAUCCUAAAUUUACUAAAAUUUUAUAUUUUUUUAAUAGACAAAUAUCUAAAUUAAAUCAAAACUUUAAAACGAAAUAGAAAACAGUCGUUAUUUUAUUAUUAUAUUUAUUAUAUGAUUAACAUUUUAGAACGAGAGAGAGCCAGUUUUUAUAUAAUCAUGUUUUUUUUUACCACUGAGUUGGCAAACAAGCAUACGGCCCACCUGACAGUAAGCGGUUA